UCUUAUUCUUGGAUACUCUAGCAAAGAGCUAUAUGGGCUUCCAUGGUAUGACCUCAUUCGCACUGAAUAUUUAUUGAUUGCUGAAGAUUUUCAUCAACAGAUUUUAAUGAUGACGUCAUUGAGUGAAAUCCAGUGUUAUUCCAAACUCCAACUCGUGACCAAAGAAAACCAGACAUUAUUUACUCACAUCACGGCUCGUCUAAUGACUUCAGAGAGUACAAACCCACUGGCGUACACCGUUUUGUGCAAGUACUGCAUCUUCAGAGACAAUACUGAUUCCAGUCAUCUCUAUCAAAAUCGUUUAUCUGCUGAUCAGGAUGUGAUAGGCUCACGAAAACACCGAAGUGGCUGCAUUCCAUCGUGGCAUUACUACAAAGAAAGAAAAUCUAACAAGAAUAUCGAGUUUGAAGAACAGGACCAGGGACAUCGUAUCAGAAACAACGAUAAAUCUUAUUCUUUGGUAAGCGGGAUGUUGGAUGGAUUGCCUCAGUCAAUGUUCGUUAGAACCAACUUUGUUUCAGGACACCAUAAUGAACAAACGCAACAUGGGAGAGCGUCUGCAGCUAUCCAGCACGAACAAUCUGAAUUUUCUACAAGAGAGCAGUAUCAGCAGAAUCCUUGUGGAUCUUCUGGAACUUUAGCACCAAGAAGAGUAUCACCGCAACAUGGCAGAAGUAAGAUACGUACAAAAAUCAACAAAACUGCACGAGAGGAACCUUACCCAAUGAUAACACCUAGUAUUCCCAUGAACAAUGGUAACGAAUGUGGUGGCUACCUUGAACGUCUUCAGGGAACUGUUGAUUUGACCUGUGUCUUUGGUCAGAAGGACACCUACAAUGCCCGUGGAACUAUACGCUUUCGAUCGUCGCGAUGUUCGCUAGCAGAACUGAGAAAAAGUUCUGAUAGAAAUGAGCUAGCGACAAGUAGCAUGGCAGAAACUGCCAACAGUGAACCAUUUUAUGAACUAGGCAAACAUCUUAACUCUAACAUGUCUAAUGCCUAUUCAUCAUAUUUCAAUGAAUCCAUGAUUUAUGAAAAUUGCACUACUUCACGCCAGUAUGUUGAUUCAACACACUUGCAAUGGUUAGGGAGAGUACAAGAUAACAAAAUAUCAAAUUUGAGUUCCUCUGGAAGGUCAAUUUCAUCAAAAGAAAGUCUAGGAUCUAACUGGACAUGGAAACGGCAUCGCAAUCGUAAUGCUGCUCAAGAACCUAAUAUGGAUUUCUUCAUCUUUCCAAGGGAAGAUAAUGAAGGACGAAACGAAAAAUACCAUGCUCGACCUAAUUCUUGUGGUAUGCGAUCAGUAGAAGAGAGUGUGGCAGCAGCUUUUGAGUGUCUAUCAAAUGAGCAGAUUAAACUCCUUGAUGAGGCAACGUGUGAAUUGUCUGAAACGGCGCCAUAUAUGAAAUUAUGAAAGGGACAUAAUGACUUCAGUAUGAAUAAUGAUGCUGCAUAUUGCGAUCAACAAGCUUUCAUAUGCCAUGUUUUUUUCGUUGGUGCAAAUUGCCGAUUCUUUUCAUAAAUAGUAUCAGCAUCAGUAAAAGGACAAAAAAAAUACUAUAACUAUGUUUCUAAGGGUAUUGGAGUAAUGGUUAUCAUGGUGAUCGUAUUAUCCAUCCAGGAGCACACGCAAUUUAAAUAUCGACCCGGGAAUAUCGAACACUGUAAAUAUGGAAAUGGGUAUUUAUGUGUUAUUUUGUGUGGUUAGUAAGGUAGUGGGGCGCACAUGGGAUGCUCGUGACCCACAAAUCCCAGGGUCGGUUGAAACAUAAGUAUGAUUAAAAAAAUCCCUACGUACCCUUUACUUACACUGGAUUUAUGUCAGAACGUUCACAAUUUUGCAUCUUAGUCGUUUUAGAUAAGCAUAAAUUUCCAAAGAGAAGAACGUCGAUAAAUUACAUGUACGUGCUCCAACAUCAAACUCUGGCUACGGCCCUAAUGCCUGCGUGGUCAUGCCAUUCUUAAUUUUUAAUAGCAAACCCCCAUUUAGCAAUUAUAUAUAGCUGUGGUUACAACAGACAUUUUGAAAUAAGCUACAUUC